AUCUCAGGCUUCCCUUGUCCAUUUGGCAUGCAUGGAUAGGUGCAUGGAGGGAUGGUGUGUGUGGGUGGAUGAGCAGCGCAGAGAAGAAGACAUGGAGGAGGAAGGACAGUUGGGAGAUUUUUUUUAUUUUUAACAAGGGAUCCCUUCACCUCAGAAACACCUAUCUGCCUGACCACCAGAGAAGAAGAGAGGGAUGAACAAAGGGCUGAAAAGGAGAAGAGAAAUAAAGAGGCCGGGUCCUCUGUGUGACUGUGUUGGAUGCACACAUGCAUCAUUAGGCGUCAUUAAGCACAAAUUAUACAGAGAGAAGAAGAAAGACAGAUGCUGCUGUUGGCACAUUGUUCUGCUCUCCCCUCCUGCAAUCUGCAGCCUGGGGUGAAGAAGGGGAGAGAGAUGGAGGGAGGAGGAGGAUGGAGGGAGGUGAGUUAAUCUAAUACAUGUGUAGUGUGAUUAAAGGAAGAGCUUCAUCGCUGUUGACAUUUCAGAUAAAUGUGAAGCUCAGCGAAAGGAUAUUAAACACUGGAACUGCAGUGAAAACAGAAGUGAGGCGGGAAGAGGAAAGAAGGAGUUAAAAGUCCAAAUCUGUCACAGGGAGAUCUCCCUCCUCCUCCCCCUCCUCCCAUCCUCUCCGACUACUCGGCUGCCGCUGCCCAUCUCACCACCUGUUAGUGCGAACCCCUCGUGCACCGACCUCCACUUGUUUGUGCAGGAAUCUCCUCCACUCACACAAUAAGACUCUAUGACGGUGCAGAGAGGAAAGAAACUUAGCAUCUCCAUCCAGGAACACAUGGCCAUUGACGUUUGCCCCGGACCCAUUAGACCCAUCCGACAAAUCUCCGCCUACUUCCCCCGCCUUUCCCCCACCUCCCCCACCCCCAUCUCCCCAAACCCCGCCCUGUCUCCGAACCCCUCCUCCUCCCCGGUGGCCCUCAGCCCCCCCGUAGCGUCCGGGAUGGGUGGGGCUCACCUCCUGUCUCCUCUGCGGGCCCACGGCAGGUGGGGCGGGGGCGGGUCCUCGUCUCAGAACAGCAGCAUGGACACGUCGGUGGAGAUCAACAGUGACGACAGUGACGACUGCACUGCUCUGGGAACGCUGGAGUUCGAGCUGAGAUACGAGCAGACCUCCAGUGAGCUGCACUGCACAGUGAUCCGGGCCAAGGGUCUGAAGCCGAUGGAUUUCAACGGCUUGGCCGACCCGUACGUCAAGCUGCACCUGCUGCCUGGCGCCUGUAAGGCCAAUAAACUGAAAACGAAGACGAUCCGGAACUCCCUGAACCCAGUGUGGAAUGAAACACUCACUUACAUCGGAAUCACGGAGGAGGACAUGCACAGGAAGACGCUCAGGUUGACUGUGUGCGAUGAGGACAAAUUGACUCAUAAUGAGUUGAUUGGGGAAUCCCGAGUGCCUCUAAAACGUGUGAAACCCAACCUGACAAAACAUUUCCACACCUGCCUGGAGCAUCCUCCCCCGAUUCCCUCUCCCACUACCAUGGGCGAAGCCCUGCGAGGAAUAUCCUGCUACUUAAGAGAGUGGGAGAACGAGCAGCUGCACAGCCUGGAGGAGAGAGGUCGUCUUCUUCUCUCCCUGCAGUUUCUGCCCCCAGUCAGUCCGGAGGACACCGAUGGAGGAGGAGGAAGAGGAGGAGGUGAAGGCCAGCGUAAUGGUGGACUCUGUGUAGGCGUGAAGCGCUGCGCCCACCUGGCAGCCAUGGACGUCAACGGAUUCUCCGACCCCUACGUCAAAAUAUACCUGAAACCCGACAUUCAGAAGAAAUCCAAGCACAAAACAUCGGUGAUAAAGAAGACCCUCAACCCUGAAUUUAACGAGGAGUUUUUCUACGAGAUCUCUCUGUCUGAGCUCGCCAACAAAACGCUGGAGGUGACGGUGUGGGACUACGAUCUGGGACGCUCCAACGACUUCAUAGGUGGUGUUUGUCUGAGCUGCCAUUCCCAGGGAGAUGCCCUCCGUCACUGGAUGGACUGUCUGAAGAACAAAGGCCGCAGGGUGGAGCGGUGGCACAUCCUCACCAACGAGCUGCCACGGAGCCUCAGCCAUGACUAACGCCUCACAACGCCCUAUCAGCGAUCACAUGGCUCAUACAGAUCCUCUGCUUUCUUUAUGGGACACUCAAAAAACUCAACUGCAGGAAUCAGCCGUCACCGAGCAGACAAGUGUAGAAUAAUUACAGCCAGCAGAAUGAUGCCGAAGCAGCAUGGUGGUUGGAGUGCCUUCAUCUUUGAUCAUCUGGUAAUAAAAGGUUGUUGGGUCCAUUAACACGGUCAGCAUCACACCUGCACACAGCACUAGUUUAUACAUAAUCCACUUCAAGUGAUUCUUCAUUUAUGAGGGCUGGAACUCACCAAAAUUUACCAUAAUUUCCCACAUUUGAGAU